GGAGUUUUGAAAGAUGGUACCCAAGUAGCUAUCAAGUGUCUUAUCUACAGAGCUAGCAAGGAACAGAUGAAUUCUUGACAGAGAUCAACAUGAUAUCAAAUACUCGUCAUCCAAAUCUUGUUGAGCUCGUUGGUUGUUGUGUUGAGAACAAUAAUAGAAUAUUGGUCUAUGAAUAUCUGGAGAACAACAGCCUUGCAAGAGUUUUGUUAGGUUCAAAAAGUACGCAUGUUGCUCUGGACUGGCCUACAAGAGUUAAUAUCUGCCUUGGUACAGCUUCUGGUCUUCAAUUUCUUCAUGAGGAAGCUGAGCCACAUAUCGUCCAUAGAGAUAUUAAAGCUAGUAAUAUACUUCUUGAUGGCAACUUUCGACCUAAAAUCGGAGAUUUUGGGCUGGCAAAACUUUUUCCAGACAAUGUAACACAUGUUAGUACCCGAGUGGCAGGAACAAUAGGAUAUUUGGCCCCAGAGUAUGCCCUCUUAGGACAACUUACAAAGAAGGCAGAUGUAUACAGUUUUGGGGUGCUUUUACUUGAAGUAAUUAGCGGUAGUAGUAGUAGUAAGGCAGCAUUUGGACAGGAUUUUUUGCUUCUUCUUGAAUGGACGUGGAAACUGAGAGAAGAAGGCAGGCUUCUGGAUAUUGUCGACCCAGAACUGAGUCAAUAUCCAGAAAAUGAGGUGGCGCGUUUCAUCAAGGUUGCUCUAUUUUGCACUCAAGCUGGUGCCAAUCAAAGACCCACAAUGAAGCAAGUGGUGGAGAUGCUUUCCAAAGAAGUGAACCUUAAUGAAAAGUUAUUAACACGGCCUGGGGUCUUCAAGCUGCAAAACUCUCGACCCUUCGGUGGUAGUAGCUCAGAGGAGACUUCAUCUUCUCAAAAUAAAAAGGGCAAGCAAUCUGCAUAAUUUUAAUAGCGUAAUACCCUCGACUCUACUCACUCAAUCACUUGACUCUAAUUGAUGUCAAUUUCUAACCAUUAUAUGUAUUGGAUAUAUAUAUUUAUAUAUUUUGGGCCUCCAUAGUCUUUA